CCAAUGCGGAAACCGCAUGCCGAAGAUAUCUUUGUUGUAAAAUCAACAACAUAUCGAUAUCCUCAUUUGUCCUCCAAGUUAGUACUUGCUAAAUUGUCAAUUUUCAGUCAUCAUAAUGGCGCCGAAGAAAGAUACAGCUGUCACUGGUACCAGAGCAAGGCUCCCUCGAGCAGCAAAGGAUAAACCAAAGGAGUUACCUGAAUCCAUUCCAAAGACUACAACCAAAACAAUCAAGAAAGCACAAGGUCGUCCAAAGAAAUCCAUUCCUGCCAAAAUUUCCACCCCAGAAGCAAGUCCAGCUCGCGAUGCUAAAGGCAAAGGAAAGGGGAAAGGAAAGGGAAAGGAGACCGGCGUAGUAAUACCGGAAGUGCACACAGAUUCUGCUCCUAAUGAUGAAAUAAUACGUCAAGAAGCAACCUAUCCAAAUCCAUUCUCUACAGGAAGCUACCGCAGAAAUACUGCAGCUUUACUUUCUCAAUGGGAUUCUACAAAAUCACCUGUUAAUCUUUCUCCAGAAUUGCGAAAACAAUUCGUUAGUGAGACGCCAAAGUCCAAAUCACAGAGGUCUGCGAAAUCUAAGCAUGAUAGAGCACAUUCGGCGUCGGGAAAAGGGCAUAUUGUCAUACCCCCGCCAGCUUCGAAGGACAUGGGUGAGCAAACCUCUCAGAUCUUCGAUGCCAACAAACAAAGCCGCCUGAACUCUUUAGUGGCAGGAAGGUUUCCCGACCCGACUUAUCCUCGGGCUAGUAUAUCUGAUGGGACAGAACAUUCACCCAGGUUCAGAUCGGCAAUGGGGUUCAGAUACUCUCCCGGAUUUGGAGGACCACGAGGCUUCAAUACAAGCCCAACUUAUCAAUUUGGCUUUAAUCCGAGGCGAAGUACAUCUGCAAUACCUGGGGUAGUACCCUCGGGGCCGUUCAAAUCAGCGGACCUAACCAAUUCUAAUGCUGAUGCUGGUCCAAGUUCUCGUGGCGAUGGAGCAACAACCGGGCUUUCAUCGUCUAGACCUGGAUCCAUAGGUGGACCGCCAGCACAUUCCGUGGAAUAUAACCCUGAAUAUUAUAAUAAGUUUUCGACAGAUCAGAAGGAUAUUAUGGAUUUCAAUCAGAACAGAUUCGGUAACUUUGGACAGAAUUACAAAUGGUUCGAACCACGAGCAUUACCACCAUGGGGACAGCAGGGAACGUUUCUUCCUGGGAACCCACAAUACCAGAAUCCCCAGGGAAGACCAGCUUGGUAUAGUAAUUGGAAUGCGUCGCAGCAAAAUUUUCCUUGGAUACAAGGUUACUCCUCGGACCCAAUGCCAGGUUACUCUUCGACACCAGGCUACCCUCCGAUGCCACACUUCGAAUCUAUUCCUGCACAUCAUGAAUAUCAAGCGCCUUCCCACUCAGCACAGACGGGUCAAUCAUCUACUGAGGAGAGUGCCACAGCGACUACCAAUUUAGAGACACAAGGUAUCAGAGAAAGUAGAAUGACACGGGAGAAAACCAUUUUUGUGCCAGGAGGAAAGAUAAUAAAAACAACUACCACAGUAUUCACACCCACUGAUGAAGAUAAGAAGAAGAAGGGCAAACAUGUAGAGAAGCCGCCAGAAGACAAAAUUGGCAUAGUAGUGGUAGAUAAAGAGGGUAAUGUUGAUGUUGAGUCUGGAGAUUGGCUGGAAGGAUUCAAUAGAAUCGAAGGAUGGGAAGUAGACGUUCUACUGGGCCAACAUAAAAGAUGGCGACUGCACAGAAAUCGGAAUGCAGAUACAGGAAAGGGUGUUGCGAACAAAACUACGCCACAGAGGAAACCUACUGCUCCAUCAAUAUCAUCAACCUCGCCCAAGCUUCCACAGCUAAUGUCUCCCGAGCUUGCACAGCCAAGGCCUCCCACGAUGAGAGCGCCAUCACCCACUCUAGAUUUCAUCCGCUUUGAUUUUCCACCCUCCCAGAACACGACACCCACCCGCCGCACACGAGCAACAAGAAUAUCAAAAGCAAAUCCUAAUUCCACCAAGAGGAAAACCUCCCCAAAGGCUAAGUCCAAAACACCAGCACUUAAACCUAAAGCCGGCGUUGGAAAAGUCACCAAAUCAACUUCAGCCCCGACUCGAAACCUUCGCUCCAGCACCUCACCUUCCAACACAAAAGCCUCUGAAAGUAAAACCGAUAAUAAGCCCAAGGUCUCUAAGUCUAAACCCAAUUCUGCAACUUCCAAAUCUAAAUCCGCACCGGCCAAAGCAACAGCAGCAAAACAAUCAAAAACAACCCCACCACAAUCUCAAUCUCAAUCCCACACCAUCUCCGGAACCUCAUCCGAAAACUCCACAACAAAAAAAGCCUCCCCAGAACCAUCAGGAAGCACGUUUGAUCCUAAUACCACUGCCCAAAAUCCAUCAACAUCUCAACCAGCGCCCUCACAAAACCCCCUCUCCAACAACCCACCGAAUACCCACAUUCCCCAUCCAAAUCUCAACCCCAACCCCAACCCCAACCCCAACCCUAGCCCAAGCCCCCUUCCCCAACAAUCCCACACCCCUUCUAGUACUGCCACGCACAGCUCCACCUCCACCUCCAACCACAACGCUAACCCCCACCCCCAAGAAUUCCCCCACAGCACCACAGAACUCCAGCAACAAAUCGAACAAUGCCAAACCCUAGCCAAUCAAGCCGCAGAAAAUAUGGAUGGAUUGCGCGGAAAAGGCGCGGCAAAAUGCGCGAAGAAUUUUGAGGAGCUGAUGAGAUUUGUGGAGGCUGGGCGUGUGGAGUUGGAAAGGAGGGCCGAUGGGGAGAAGGUGGUUUAGAUUUUUGAGCUUUGAGUUUUCAGUUUUGGAUUUUGGAUUUUGAGAGGGUGUUGGGGUUGGGGUUGGGAUGUAGAGUGGGAUUGUACCGUUUGUUGGUUGUUGGGAGGAUUCGGGUAGGUUGAGUGGAUUUGUUGAAUGGAUGGUUGGUUGUUGAGUUAUAUGAAUGGUUUUAUUUUCGGGUAUGUUUAUUUUAAGUCAUUUUGCAAUGAAUAGCGCGCGAUUUCUGUGGAGGAUAUAAUUUGUGUAUGUAGGUAUAGCUAUGUCAUUGAUAUUUCCAAGUCCUGUUUGCUACCUAGCUUAUCUACAUUUCUCAAAUCCGAAGCAUUUCUUAUGUCCGUGUUCUUUUGUGUGCAUGUCCAUAUCCAUACCCGUAUCCAUGCGUAAUAUUGAUUUGUUGCCCGAAGAAUAUAUGUACGUAUCACGCACCUAACCCCCUGAUGCUUAUACCACGGAGGAGUAUGAAACUCUUUGCCAAAAGGAAAUUUGCCUGACAAAUACUAAUUAUGCGUAGGAAAAUCAGAUCUGCCUCCAGGUUUUAGAACAAGUCCAUGUGAUGAAGAAAAACAUCUACGACAAAAUCAAGAUCAAAUUCGAUUUCGAAAUAUGUUUAGUACAUGCGGUCGAACUAAAAGGAUUUUGCUAAACCAUAGCUAAAGAGCGGAACUUUUAGUUCGAUAAGCCAAAAAAAAAGAAAAGAA